AUGGGGAUCAAAGGGAUAUAUCGAGAGCUAGGCCCUGGCAAAAGGAUCGCCCUGUCCAAGCUUGCAUCCGACAGCUUCGUGGAACACAACCGGCCCUACCGCCUUGCUAUUGACAUUGCUAUCUGGCAGUUCCAAAACCAAGCUGCUCGCGGCGGCACCAACCCCGCGAUCCGAACCCUCUUCUACCGACUUGUCCGUCUUCUCGGCACGCCAAUCCAGCCAAUUUUCGUCUUCGACGGCCCUAAUAAACCAAAGUUCAAACGUCAUAGGCGAUCCGGUCGGGGCGAUGGAUUCGCAGCGGCUCACGCAAAGAGGCUUAUACGACUCUUUGGGUUCGUAGUUCACGAUGCACCAGGCGAGGCCGAGGCCGAAUGUGCCUUUCUACAAAAGAACGGCAUUGUUGAUGCUGUACUGAGUGAAGAUGUGGACACAAUUAUGUUUGGAUGCACACGAACGCUUCGGAACUGGUCGGCCGAGGGCAAGAACGGAAAGCCAACACAUGUCUCCAUGUACGACGUCAACGAUUUGAACAUGGCCAACCUUGGUCUCGAUCGAGAGGGAAUGGUUUUGGUGGCCCUUAUGAGUGGCGGCGACUAUAUCCCGGAGGGAGUGCCCGGCUGUGGGCCAAAAGUUGCAUGUGAGGCCGCCAAGGCUGGCUUUGGGAAAUCUCUGUGUCAACUUCGAGCCUCAGAUACAGAAGGUAUACGCCAGUGGAAAAAGUCAUUGACGCAUGAGCUUCGAACCAAUGAAAGCAAAUAUUUCCGCACUCGUCACAAGGCCCUAGACAUUCCGGAGGAUUUCCCAAAUGUAGAGGUGCUUCGCUAUUACACCCAUCCGGUGGUGUCUCCUGAAUCCACGUUGGAAGUAGUCAGGCAAAGGCUAAAAGAAACCAGGGAAAUCCAGUUGGAUGGCCUAAGGGAAUUUACCAGGGAAACAUUUAAUUGGGAUUUCCGCAUCGGCGCAAUCAAAUUCAUCCGUGUGCUCAGCGAGGGCUUGUUUGUGAAUCGCAUGUAUCAGGACGGCGUUAAUGGAGACUCUUUUGUUAAGAGAAUAUCAGCCCGUCGGAACCAUUUCAGCACGGACAACACGUCCGAACUUCGGCUCGCUUACAUCCCCGAAGAAAUCGUGCCCAUCGAUAUAUCAAAUGAAGUGGAGGAAGAAAUUACAUAUGCUCGGAGCGGCCUAGCUCUCAAUAGCGAUGAAGAGUUUGGAACAGCUCCAGACAACCUUGAGGACGCCCAGGGUGGUGGUGGAAAGACAUUUGAUAUUACAAAACCAGAACUCACCUGGGUCCUAGAAGAGGUAGCCAAGAGGUUUGCGCCAAGAGCUGUCCAAGCCUGGGAGGAAGGGAAACGGGCAAAAACAACAAAAAAGAAGGCAACAACAUCGAAGACGAAAAAGGAUGCCGCGAUGCCUCAUGGGGCUCUCGACAGCUUCGUUCGCAUCACCAAGGCAGUUGAAACACAGGGGAAAGCUACCAACAGCGUUGCCUCCGACUCAAACAAGGAUGACAGUGAGGUUAAUGAGUUUAGCGAACCAGAUCUCCCUCCUCUUCCUCGAUCAAGUCAAUUACGCCGACCACAAACGCCACCAUCACUGCGAAAGUCCAGUAAGCAACCCGCGCCCAACGCACCUCCUAGCUUGGACCGUUGGACAGUAACCAGCUCACCAGACCCAACUAGGCGUCAUGACGAUGCAGGAGUUUUCGAGACUAUCGUCAUUUCGUCCAGCCCUGCCGGCGGCUCAUCGCCACUUUCACGAUCUUUGCCGUCGUCGCCAAUUACAACAACCACCACCACCUCUGCAAGUCGUGAUGGCGAGAUAUCAAAGUCAAUACGGUCGAUUCUUGCGGCGGGUGCUUCGUCGCGGGUGAGAAGUGAGCACGAUACAUCGGCUUCUUCUUCGAUCACGAAACCAAAGCAAAAGACGUCGUCUCAUCACAAGGCAUCGCAAGGAGCAACAAAGCUAAGACAGAUGUCAAUGGACAUGUUUACACAAAAACUUCCUCAGUCAGAUACGAGUCGCCCCAGUUCAUCUAACAGCGGCAAUGGCAGCAUAUAUAACUUAAACUCUAGCAGAGAGGACAUUACUACACGAACGAAGGCCAAGGAAGUCGAGAUUAUACUAUCUAGCAGUCCCGAAACACCACGUACAUCUCGCCCUACUACGAGCAAACAAAAGACUCGCAUUCCUCCUCCACAGCGCGAUAGCAGUCCCGGUCCCGCUACAGGCAAAAAGAUAUACGUCCCCAACGGGACCGGCUUCUUCAAGGAGAUUGAAGUUGGUGAGGACGAAUAUGAAGAGAGAAUCUCGCGAGAAGUACAGUCGCUUCAUGACCGUGGCAUUAGAGCUGGCGUUACUAGAUGGAGUGAUGUGUCUUUUAUCGAUCUGACAGAUGCUCCGAACAAUUAA